UGACGUCAUUGGAGGCGGUGGCCAGUUCACUGUCAUUCUGUCCCAUCAAGAGAAGCAGAAAGGCAUUUUGAACCACCUUUAGUUUGUUAAUUGUUCUGAAACCAGAUUUUAAAACGUGCAGUUCUUUUAAACUUUUUCUACUUUACUUGACUGAAGUCGCCGAAAUGAUCAAAAACGGUCACCACGCUGCCGACAGGCAGAGCGAAGAAGCCGGGGGCAGUCAGCCGGUGGGCUCGGUGUGCAGCCCGGAGAAAAGGAAGCGGGUGGUGCGGUUGUGGUGUGACGGCUGCUACGACAUGGUGCACUACGGCCACUCCAACCAACUGCGGCAGGCCAAAGCUAUGGGAGAUUACCUCAUUGCUGGGGUGCAUACAGAUGAGGAGAUUUCCAAACACAAGGGGCCUCCAGUUUUCACUCAGGAAGAACGGUACAAGAUGGUGCGUGCAAUCAAGUGGGUGGAUGAGAUUGCAGAGGGAGCCCCUUAUGUGACGACGCUGGAGACUCUGGACAAAUACAACUGUGAUUUCUGCGUGCACGGCGAUGACAUCACGCUGACGGUAGACGGGAAGGACACGUAUGCAGAGGUGAAGCAGGCGGGUCGUUACAGGGAAUGUAAACGCACCCAGGGUGUGUCGACCACCGACCUGGUGGGACGCAUGUUGCUCAUGACCAAAGCCCACCACAGCAACUUGAAUAACACAGAUUACCAGCAGCAUACAGACAACUUUGGAAAGGGUGCUACAGUUCACAGUCCUUGGACAGGAGUUUCUCAGUUCCUACAAACAUCUCAAAAGAUCAUUCAGUUCGCCUCAGGAAAGGAGCCUCAGCCUGGAGACACCAUCAUCUACGUGGCCGGAGCUUUCGAUCUUUUCCACAUCGGUCAUGUUGACUUCCUAGAAAUGGUUUAUAAACAGGCAGAGAGGCCUUACGUCAUCGUGGGUCUGCACUUUGACCAGGAAGUGAAUCGCUACAAAGGGAAGAACUACCCAAUCAUGAACAUCCACGAGAGAACUCUGAGUGUUCUUGCGUGUCGGUAUGUGUCAGAGGUGGUGAUUGGUGCUCCUUAUGCUGUGGGCAAAGACCUGCUGGAUCAUUUUAAGGUGGAUUUGGUGUGCCACGGCAAGACUGAAGUGUUCCCAGACAAGGAUGGGUCAGACCCCUAUGCUGAACCUAAGAAGAGGGGUAUAUUCAGGAGCGUCGACAGCGGGAACAGUCUCACCACUGAUGACAUCGUCCAAAGGAUCAUAGCGAACAGGCUGCAGUUUGAAGCCAGGAACCAGAAAAAGGAAGCCAAGGAGAUGGCGGUGAUCGAAGCGAUGAAGAAGAGAGAGAAGCAGCAGCAGGAUGAAGCAGCAGCUCAACCUGCUCACCGAUGAACUCAGAUAGAUUUGAGUCUGUUUUACUCAUUCAGGGACACUCAGCUUUAAAUCAAAACAAGGACUCAGGAGAGCCUGGAGAGUCCACGUUGUCCUCAGCCAGAUCUGUACUCGUCCAGUGGGUUUUAAAAUCCUGCUUUAAAUCUUUAUAUUAUCUGCAAGAUGUAUCCUUCACUGAGCUUCAUCCUGAUCUCUGUUGUGUUUUGUCUUUCUUUAAGUCUCACACUACAUGUGGUAUGUUUCUAAUUUUCAUAAGUUAUUAUCAAAGUGUUACAGUUCCGUUUCUCUUAGUUUCAUUUUCAACUGAUUAAUUAACAAUCGGUCUUAGAAGGUUUAAAGUUGAAUGUACUUAUUUUUUUAACUCAUUUCAUUUCUCAAUGUCGGCUUGUUUUUCCUUUCAUUUAUAGAAAAACAUAACUGUUAAACAGUU